CAGUAUCUCCCACCCUUCUUCAAUCGCUCCUCCCCAGUCGCCGCCCCCUGCGUUCUUCUCCCUCUUCCGCCUUCACCAGAAAAAAGAAAAUGGUUCUCUCGAACGACAUCGAUUUGCUGCACCCUUCUCCGGAGGCGGAGAAGAGGAAGCACAAGCUCAAGCGCCUCGUGCAGUCUCCCAACUCGUUUUUCAUGGAUGUCAAGUGUCAAGGCUGCUUCAGCAUAACCACUGUGUUUAGCCACUCUCACACAGUGGUGGUUUGUGGGAACUGCCAGAUGGUGUUGUGCCAACCGACCGGCGGCCGCGCUAGGCUGAGCGAGGGUUGUGCUUUCAGGAGAAAGGGUGAUUGACUGACCUGUUGAGAGUUGCAAUGAGGUUAAUUGUAUUGUUUUGUCUGCAGUUUCAUCAGUGUCGUGUCUGAAAUUUUAUAUUAUGUAGUUUUAUCCUAAGAACUCAUCCAUGUCUCAUAUUUACUUGCUGUGUUUGGGUCAUGUUUUUUGGGUUACUUAUUUAUGCAUUAUUCAAUUGGAGUUUCAGUUUGAGUUGAUGCGCAGCAUUUUGAGUCCCUCUUUGUAAUUUUCUUCUCUGUGAUAAUAUACAUUGUACCACUCUAGGACGGUUUGGAUUGGUAGAGAGCUUGGAUCAUGGGUAAAACAUCUUAGGGCUAUCACAACUAUUGAGGUUAUGCAUAUGGACACAUCAUAGUCACUAUUAUAGCCACAUAGAAUUACAUUUUUUUUAAACAUUGACUAUUUGAAUCUAAAUAUUCCUGAAGAAUAUUGAAUUCUGAAAAGAAAUUCUUAAGAUGUAUAAUCUCCUAAAUUAAAUAAGAGUCAACAUGUUCAUCAAACACAAUAUAUGGGUAUAUGAGAU